GCCUUCUUGUGCACCCAUAAGAGGCCAGAUUUGUGGAACUACAAGAGUAGCAAUCACCCCGACUGCCUACAUAGUACAUGCCAAGCUCCUCAAAUGUCCUCUUGGAAUAACCUCGCAUGUACAAUGCCUCUGCAAACACCAACAAGACAAAAUAAGUCAUGUAUUGGCCUUCCCUCAUUUCGUCUGUCCCGUUUCACCGUUUCCAUUGCACUUGUAGUGCAUAUGCAUUCCCAUGCGUGGCCCCUUUCAAAAUGUAAUCUUCCCAAGCCCACUUCUCCAUGUAUCGCCUACCCUCUUGCACACCACCAAGAUAACCCGGGGUAUCACUUAUCCAAAGCCGCAGCCAUGCCGCUGCGAUCCAAAACACCACCUGUGACCCAGCUACCGAAAUAGCGAUUCUAUCAUUCAGUUCAUGCUCUCAUCCGUUUCCGCUGCCUUUCCAAGGCACCUGCCACGAAGCCAUGAGGCGACUUCUCCUGAGAUUUCAUCGUCUUAUUCCGCACCUCCUCGCACUUCUGCA